UCUCACAGGACAGGACCAACAGUCAAGCCCAAGGAGGGAUAAUAUAUAACCAGAAGUAUUCGCGAUACACUUUGACUGAACUAGCGUGACGAAAAUACACAUUUCUAAAAGAAAACUUUAUAUAACAAUAAUAAUCCCAAAGUCGCUUUUUACUUCAACCGGUUUUUUCCUGUAUCGGGUUUGUUGUUUUUACGCAGCGUCACUCGGCACAGUGAAGCGACUCCAAACUCACAGCGGCGUUAGUAAAGAAGAAGCAGGUGUCCAACAUGGCGAACGCGGCCAGCGGAGCUCUUGCAAGUCUCCUGCUUUUAUCCACGAUUGCGGCAGCUGUUCUUCAAGGAGCAGCUCAGUAUCCAGUCCAAAGCCAGAACCUCGUGACAGACAACAUCUCGGUGGUGGAAGGGGAAACGGCCACUAUCAGCUGUCGAGUCAAAAAUAACGACGACUCCGUCAUCCAGCUUCUGAACCCCAACAGACAGACCAUCUACUUCAGAGAUGUCAGACCCUUGAAGGACUCUCGCUUUCAACUGGUCAACUUCUCAGACAAUGAGCUGCGUGUGGCUCUGUCCAACGUGUCUCUCUCGGACGAGGGCAGAUACGUGUGUCAGCUCUACACGGACCCUCCGCAGGAGGCCUACGCCGACAUCACUGUGCUGAUCCCACCAGGCAACCCAAUCAUUGAGUCUCGUGAGGAAAUUGUAAGAGAAGGUAACGAAACGGAGAUGACCUGCACAGCUAUGGGCAGCAAACCAGCUGCCACCAUCAGAUGGAAGAAGGGAGACAAAGAGCUGCAAGGAAGCUCAAAAGUGGAGCCCACAUAUGACAGGAUGUACACUGUAACCAGCUGGGUAAGGCUCACCGUAACAAAGGAGGACGACGGUGUUCCCGUCCUCUGCAUCGUCGACCACCCAGCAGUCAAGGACUUUCAGGCUCAGAAAUUCCUGGAGGUGCAGUAUAAACCAGAGGUGAAGAUUGUCGUGGAGUUUCCUCAAGGACUAACCAGAGAGGGAGAAAACCUGGAGCUGACGUGCAAGACCAAAGGCAAACCAGAGCCUCAACAGGUGAACUGGGUGAAGGUGGACGACGACGUGCCCUCGCAUGCCGUCAUCAUCGGCUCGGAUCUCUACAUCGAGAACCUUAACAAGUCCUACAACGGUACUUACCGAUGUGUGGCCUCUAACUCUGUGGGAGAAUCCUAUGACGAUUACAUCCUCUACGUGUAUGAUGCCCCCACCACCACCCCUAUACCCACUACAGCCACCACCACCAUGUACACCACCACCUCUCUCCCAGGUAUCACCCAAGACGCUGCGCCCAGCACUGAACCCGCUGCUCACGUAGACUCCAGAGCAGGAGCAGGAGCUCAAAGAGCGGUGGACCAUGCUGUCAUCGGAGGGGUGGUGGCCGUCGUGGUCUUCGCCAUGCUUUGUCUUCUUAUCAUUUUGGGCCGAUACUUCGCAAGACACAAAGGUACCUACUUCACACAUGAAGCAAAAGGGGCAGACGAUGCGGCCGACGCCGACACGGCCAUCAUCAACGCUGAAGGUGGACACAACAACUCGGAUGAAAAGAAGGAAUACUAUAUCUGAUUGUACAAAUCUCUGGUUGUGUUGUUAUUAUUAUUAUUAUUAUUAUUAUUAUUUUUAUUUGGGUUUUUUUUUUUUUUUGGAUUGUUGGGAUGGGAGGGGCAUGGAGGGGUUAAGAGCAGUUUUUUUUGUUUGUUUUUGUUUUUUUGCUCUUCUUCCUGGGGAUUGAGUGAUGUAGACUACAUGGACACCUGAGAUGAUUUAGCCAUUGUCUUUGUGGAGUUGGA